AUGUCUAGAAGGAAAGCUGCUGUCGGUCAGAAACCUGUUGCUUUAGGGUCAGGAAGAUCGAAAGAUGACAACAAUAUGUUGGAAGCACUGAAGUUGUAUGAAAAUAAGAGCUACAAGAAAUCUCUGAAGAUCUUAGACGGGAUCUUGAAAAAGAACUCUACACAUGUUGAAUCAUUGGCAUUGAAGGGGUUGAACCUAGUGUUCACUGAACAAAAGCAAGAUGCGGAACUUUAUGUUAAGAAGGCUGUUUCAAGGAUCACUGGAACCUUGGCUUCUCCUAUCUGCUGUCAUAUUUUGGGUAUUUAUUAUAGGCAAGUUAAACAGUAUGCCAAUUCAAUUACUUGGUUUCAGGCUUCUUUGGAUAAUGGAUCCACUAAUAAGCAGAUCUAUAGAGAUAUCUCUAGUUUACAGUCUCAGGAACGGGAUUAUACCAAUUUGUUGGUGUCUAGGAAGGUGUACUGGGAAACCUUCAUGGGUUAUAGAGCCAAUUGGACAGCUUUAGCAAUUGCUUAUGAUUUGAAUUCCCAGUAUUCCGAAGCUGUUAAUUUGCUGUCUCGUUUCGAGGAGCUUGCUAAAGGAAAGCUGACGGAAACGGAGGCUUAUGAACAUAACGAAUGCUUGAUGUAUAAAAAUGAUUUGAUGUACAAAGCGGCGGGUGAUGAUGAACAGCACUUGAAGGCGGUUUUAAACAAUUUGGAUAAGAUUGAACCUGAUGUAUUUGACAAAUACGGAUGGUUGGAAAGAAGAGCGGCGGUUUACAUGAAACUCGGUUCUUCUAAGGAAGCUGCAAAAGUUUAUAGGACUUUAAUCAAAAGAAAUCCCGACAACUUCAACUACUAUAAGUUAUUGGAAAUUUCUUUAGAUAUCCAAUCAAACAACAGGAUUCGAAAGGCUCUAUAUGAAAAGUUAGAAACUUUUUAUCCAAGGGCAGAGCCUCCUAAGUUUAUCCCAUUGACCUUUAUUAAAGAUGAGACUGAACUUGAGAAAAAGCUGAAUCACUACAUUGUUUCACAAUUAAAACGUGGUGUUCCGGCUACUUUUUGCAAUGUAAUACCGUUAUACAAGCAACGUGGAGAAGUUAUUAGUUCAAUAGCAGAGAAAAUUGUCUUAGAAUAUUAUAACACUUUGGACGAUAAAGAAUUUCCAAUUCAAUAUGUCUGGACUGUGUAUUAUUUGGCCCAGCAUUAUUUGUUCUUAAAGGACUUCAAGAAGGCUAAAGAUUAUAUCGAAAAAGCAAUUGAGCAUACUCCAACCUUGGUAGAAUUGUACAUUUUAAAUGGCCGGAUCCUGAAGCACUUAGGAUUGUUAGAAGAAGCCGCAUGGACUGUGGAGAAAGGUAGGACAUUAGAUUUACAAGAUAGAUUUAUCAACACUAAGUCUGUGGAGUAUUUCCUCGGAGCAAAUAUGAUUGAUAAGGCGGUUCAACUCGUUUCCUUAUUCACAAAGAAUGAUAAUGACGCAAAUGGUGUUAAGGACCUUCAUCUAAUGGAAGCCUCUUGGUUCAUAAUUAAACAGGCUGAAGCCUAUUAUAGGUUGUAUGUUGAACAUUCUAAGAAGUUACAAUCAUUGAAGAACGAGCAAACUUCAAUAUCUGAAGAAGAGCGGGAAAAUAAAACCGCUGAACUAAAGGAAUUAGAAUAUCAAACUGAAAAAUGUAGAGGUCUUGCAUUAAAAAGGUUCAUGGCUAUUCCAAAAAUUUAUAAGCAGUUUGAUGAUGACAAAUUGGAUUUCCAUUCUUAUUGUAUGAGAAAAGGUACCCCAAGGGCUUAUGUUGAAAUGUUACAGUGGGGUGACAGAAUAUUUUGUAAGCCUAUGUUUGUAAGAGCUAUGCUUGGUGCUGCGAAGAUUUACUUCUCUAUGCAAGAUGAACUAGAUCUGACUGAACAAUUUACUUCUGAGCAGACAAAUGCAGCUAAAAAGGCUAACAAAAAAGCACGUAAAGAAGCUUUAGCUUUCAAUAAACGGAAAGAGGCCGAAAAAAAACAAGUUUUGGCAUAUGCGGAUGAUGAAGAUGUAUUUGGUGAGACAUUGGUUGCUGUUAAGUCCCCAUUGGAAGCAUUCUAUACCGAAUUCUACAAACCCUUCUUGAAUCAAGCUGAUGAUAAUGACAAGUAUCACCUGUUAGAAUUCCAAUAUCAAGCAAGAACUGGUAAAUUAGCUUUGUCAUUAGGUGCUUUGACUAAGUACGCGAAGUUUCAUGGUAAAAGUUCACCAAUGGUUGGCUGUAUGAUUUUAAUCUUGUUGGAUAUGACUAGGGAAUCAGCCCCUUAUGAAGACAUAGCCAAGAAAGUCGCCAUUAAAGGUAUUGAGACUGAAUUCAAGAAAUUUCCACUUGAAAAAUUUUCGGAUGAUUCGUUUAAUUGGUUAGAAUACUUAACUUCGAACUAUAAAGUCAAUUUGCGUUCCUUGUUAUUCUUAUACCAAGCAAACAUAAGCAUUGUCCCCCAGGAUAAACUCAAGGAAUUAAUUAUUGAAAGCUUAUCGAACGUUGAACCCUUCAUACAAAACAGCAUUUUGCAAUAUGAGUUGUAG